ACGGCGCGUUAACACGAACCAACAGCUGUUUGUGUUAGCAGCAGUAACCUAGCCUAACGUGGGGAGUUUAUCGACGGAGUAUUGUUCAGUUUAAGGUUUCGUUAAAUAGACAUGUUAGGCUUAGACCUCGCCAUUGGACAAUGCAGUUAGUUAGCUUGUGGUAGAAGUAUGGCAUGAGUCGUCUCUGUGAAUUACACGGAGACCAACAGGACCAGCAGUCACAUUGGGCUUUUACUUACCGCUAGCAGGAGCUCCCAAAACACAUUUAUGUCAAAGGGUGGUGUACUGAGUUGGUGAAGCAGUGAUCAGCUGUGGAGUAAACAGAGACAGACAACCAGACAUGGCGUCACUGGGGAGUAGCAGUUCUUCAGCCACUGAAUAUACUGUGCGAGUUCCCAAGAACACCACCAAGAAGUACAGCAUCAUGGCCUUCAAUGCAGGAGACAAAGUAAACUGCUCCACCUGGACUCAGGCUCGUAUGGAAAGAGACAUGAGUGCUCGGCGGAUGUAUGGGGAGGAGGAGAUGCCGGAAGGCGCAGCUGGGAGUGAGUUUGGCAAGAAGCAGCGGGAAGAGGCACGGCGGAAGAAAUUUGGUAUUGUGACACGCGAGUUCAAAGUGGAGGAUCAGCCCUGGAUCCUCAAGGUCAACGGCAAAGCUGGCAAGAGGUUCAAAGGUCAGAAGAAGGGCGGUGUUACAGAGAACGCAUCCUACUACAUCUUUACACAAUGUCCCGAUGGAGCCUUUGAGGCCUUCCCUGUCCAUGGCUGGUACAACUUUACACCGCUGGCAAAGCACCGCACUCUCACUGCUGAGGAAGCUGAGGAGGAAUGGGGCAGGAGGAACAAAGUGGUGAACCACUUCAGCAUCAUGCUUCAGAGACGUCUGCGGGAGCAGGAACGUGGCGAGGAGGAGGAAGAUGAGACUGAGAAGGCGGGGAAAAAGAAGAAGAAGAAGGGGGGUGGGCGAGGGGGCGACCUGCGCAUCCAUGACCUGGAAGAUGACUUGGACAUGAGCAGCGAUGACAGCGACAGCAGCAUGGGAGAAGAUGGAGAGGGCAAAUCAAAGGCAAAGAAAGAGAAGGAGGCGAAAGGGAAAGCAAAGAAGAAGAAGAGGAAGAGCAGUGAAAACGAGGCCAUGGAAGACAGUGAUGAUGGUGACUAUGAGGGCCUAGAGGUGGACUACAUGUCAGAUGAAAGCAGUUCAGAGGAGGAGCCAGAGAAAGCAAAGCCCAGCAAAGGAGAGGAACACCCCAAAGGAAUUGACGAGGCAUCUGAAAGCGAGGAAGAGAGCGAGGAAGAGAAGCAGAAUGAGGAGGAAGCAAAAGAGGAGGAUGAGGAAGAGGAUGGAAAAAAGACCCCAGUCCAAAUGGAGAAAAAGAAGAAAAAAGACAGCAGUGGAGAAUCAGACAGCUCAGACGACAGCGACAUUGAAGGAGAAGCAGCCUCCGCUCUGUUUAUGGUGAAAAAGCGCACACCUCCCAAGCGUGGAGGUGGGCGUGGCUCUGGCGGCAGCUCCAGGACUGGCAGUCGCCCUGGGACACCAUCCAUAGACUCUGCUGCCACUUCCAAUACGCUCCGUGCUGCUGCCAACAAGCUUGAGCAAGGUGCUCGUAAGAGGCAGCCCCAGGGUCCUGGCACUGACACACCAGCUGCCAAAAGGCUGAAAAUGGAGCCCAGCAGUCAGAGCCCCGCUCCCUCAGGAAAGAGCACGCCCCAGCCCCAGUCAGGCAAAUCCACCCCCAGCUCCAGUGACGUGCAGCUAACAGAGGAGGCAGUCCGGCGCUACCUGAUCCGCAAGCCCAUGACGACCAAAGACCUGUUGAAGAAGUUCCAGACAAAGCGCACAGGCUUGAGCAGUGAGCAGACAGUCAAUGUGUUGGCGCAGAUCUUAAAGCGCCUUAAUCCAGAGCGCAAGAAUGUAAAUGACAAAAUGCACUUCUACCUCACUGAAUAACCACAGAGUGGAGAAGAUUGGGGGUAGAAAAGAUGGGAGGGGCUGGCAGUGAAUUCCUCUUCGGGACUAAUGAAAUAGAUUGAUAAGAUGGAGGAAAAGGGGUUUUCCAGUGGUUGUUGAACACUGGUGGUGUCCUUGCCCUGUAGCUUUCUCAAAUCCAAGAUUAUUUCACACAUGCAUGAAGGUAUCUGUUUUCUAACAAAAUUCUGACAACUGAAGGUGUGUUUUUGUGUCUGUUUGGAGAAGAUAUGAGAUGCCAUGAGAAUUGAGGCAGACACUUGAAUAAUAUUUUGUUAAGAAUCUUACAUUUGUUUUCCAUAUUCACAAAUCCUCAAUUAAAUAAUGCAGGCCUUUUUAUACGGUGUGAAAAACACUGCUCAUAAACCCUGUGUGGACUUUGUCUACUUGUAAACAGUUAGUUAUAAAUUAGUGAAUUUCUUUGCUAGACACUUUUCUAAUAAAGUCUAAAAUCUGC